ACGGUUUAUCUGAGCUGCUUUGAUAUAAUAGUUAAAUGGGAAAGGUUAUCAAACAUAAAAAAUUGUCUUAUUACAAAAAAUGCGGUUCCCAUCAAAUAAAACACUUGGAAAAAUUGCUGUGUACGGAGCAGUUGCUUCCAUUUCGGCUGCAAUGUAUAUGCAACAUAAAAUGAAGGAUCGCAUAAGAAAUUCCGAAUAUUUUCGUUUAGCCGUCCAGGCUUUGAGGAAACACAGAGGUGCUUCGAGUUUACUGGGUGAGCCUAUCAGAGAAAUUGGCUUUGAUUUAGGUGAUACCAAAAAUUUUGCAGACGGGAAAAAUGCUCAGUUUGAAGUGCGUGUGAAAGGCGCUAAAGAUAAAGGUAAGAUGUUCUUUUGGGCGACACGAACACCUGAAGAAGGAUGGUUGUUGGAUCGUUUAGAACUGGAGCUGCAAUCACAACCCGAAAAACGUUUCCUAAUAAAGAAAGCUGAAAAUUUAGAAAAGUCUGAAUGAAGUACGAAGAAUCAAUUUCAGAGAAUAUUCCAAAAAUAGUAAGCAAAAGUUGA